GGAACUGGAGAACAUACACCCGGAUGCCUUCGUCAUCAUGUAUUCCGUGAUCGAUAAGGCGUCGUUUCAGAGGGCAGAGGAGUACCUGGAGCGUCUCCACGAUCAGGAUUUCCUGCGGGGAAAAUCGGCUAUAUUAGUCGGUAAUAAAGUGGAUCUAGUUCGGUCCAGGGUAGUUUCUUCGCAAGAUGGCAAGUGCAUGGCGUGUACCUAUCGGGUGAAGUUCAUCGAGGUCUCGGUCGGGAUCAACCACAACGUGGACGACCUGCUGGUCGGCAUUUUGAACCAGAUACGGCUGAAGAACGUGCAGGGUAACGCGGAGAACCGCGCCGGAAACGGCGCUAGCGAGGGCAGCGGCCACUGGUACAAGUCGAGGGGUGUGGUGCGAGCCAGCAUGAAGGCCAGGCAGAUGUUGACCUGGCUCUUCGGCAAGGAGGACAGCAAGUUCAAGAACUGCGAGAAUCUUCACGUGCUCUAAACACGGUGAAUAUUCUUCUAGGCCGUACCUGACGGUAGAUUGUAAGGGCGGUGCUGUUUGGCGCAAUUCCGCUCCCCUGCAUGAUCGCCAUGCUUCCAGACGGACAUAACUCGAACCCGCACGGUGCUACGGAACCUGCGAAUUGAAAUUCGCGAGAUUCCAGGACCCGGUGAGGUUCUGUCUUCGUUCCGAGCUGGUUUCGCUAGGGGUGGCCAAUUUCGUUCACUGGACAUUAGUGUUCUCUCCUCGGUUCUUUCUCUUGUCCAAAAUAUCGCGAACUUUGGGCUUCCUUCACGGAGUUAUUCUCCUGACUGUCUUUUAUUUUAUUUUAUUUUUUGUUGUACGGUGCAGAGGAGUAUAUUUAGUAGCGUGUCUGGAA